CAAUAUUUAUUAGUUGCUUAUCGUCGUUUACAUUGAGUGGUUGUGUGAGAAAAUCCGAUAUUUUCCAUAAAUAUAAAUAAAAAUAGAAAAAUAUAAAUAAUGCAGUUAAUGCAUAACAGUUUUAUGUGAAAAGUAAUAAUUUAAAAGAAUACCAAUUGAUAAAAAAGAGCAAAAGAAAAAAAGCAUUCAGCUCAUCUGAAAAUAUUCUAGCUCCAACCUUAAGGAGUUUCUUGUUUCAUUAAAUAGUCAGUGCAGUGUCGCGCUUAAGUCUGGAACGGCAGAGCUGAGCGAGUGAAAAAAUCAAAAAUGAAGCGAAAAAGCAGCGAAACAACUGCGAUUCUCCUCGACAACGCUGAGAGUGUAAACAUUGAGGAUUCCGAAACACUAUUACCCAGUGAAUUUUCUGCCAAUGCCAGCCUCAUAUUCAGUGACAGUAAUGACGCAUCAGCGAAGUCAGAUAGCGCAACAUUGCUACAGAUGAAACCCACAACUAAGGACCAAGAAGUGAGAAUUAAUAUUGCGCCACCAGCAAAUAAAACACUCGCGAGCUUGGCAAAUGAACCAUCGAUAUUCAAGUAUCCACCAUUGCCCUGGUAUCGUAACUGGACGAAUGCUGGUGUCGUACUUUGUGUGAUUUACAACUUAGCUAUAGUUUGCCUCCUAUUUAUGGGCUUCUUCAAAUUCCGUCAGGACUAAAGUGGCGGAAAAUAUUAAACGAAAAAAUCACUUAUCACUUUACCAAAAAAAUAUUUAUAUUUUUUCUCGUACAAAAAAAAAUUAUUUAUUCUAACCAAACAUUUGUUUACGACUAAAACUUAAUUAACAUUAUAAGAUGAUAUUCACAGAUUAAAUAUAUAUACGAGUAUGUAUGCACAUAUGUAUUAAUAUAGUAUGUUUAGAUGUAAAGAACCAAAUUUAUGAAU